AUGGACAAACACCCUGAUCCUGUCACAUCCGACAAGACUCAAUCAGACUCCACGAUUUUUGCACCUCAGCCAUCAUCCCCUGUCCAAACCUCCACCACUGCCAUCGCUCCCACCACUACGACAAGUACAAGCCCAAGGCCUACAAUCAAUUCCUCCGCUGCCAUCGACGCGACUCUGCGCUUCUUUGCCACUGCCAGCAAUGAAACAUUAGGUGCCUGCGUCGUUGGGCUCUGUGCCUCCACAUACUUGGUGUUGGGCCGUGUUGGCCUGGUGCUGAUAGGCGCCGUCGGCGGCGUCGUCCUCCAUGCCACCUGGGAUGCUCAACAAUCAGGCGGUCAGGACACGACGGGCGGUGAUGCUGCCCGCCGGAGAAAAGAGCUGGGAAUAGAAGUCGCACAUCGCGUGUUGGAAUGGAGAGACAGGCGUCACAAAGAGGAUGACAACCAUGACGACGCAAUCAAUUCAGCUACAGAGCUUCAGCUCCUGGAUUAUUCGGAUUUCCAGCCCGAAACCAGAGACGCCCUCGUCAAUCUCACCGACGCGGUCAUCAGAGACUACGUCAAGUGGUGGUACAGCCCACUACUUCCGAGAGAGCAGUCCUUCCCAGCAGCUUGUCGGCAAACCCUGACCAGCUUUAUUCUCUCCUUCUCCAACCAUCUGUCCCGGAAGCGACCGGCCGACCCUUUUCUGGAUUUCCUGGCAAAUUCGACGUCAAUCAUCAUUGUCUUCUUGAGUGAACUCUCUACCGCUCUCAAGGCCUCUUCCAACCAUGAUGCUCAACGUGCCAUUGAGACAUAUCUCCAUUUUCAACCCGACAGUAAUCUAGCAAAUGUUCUAAGUCGCGAGCAGCAGGAUCGCAAACUCAAUCUGGUUGCAGACGAUAUAUUACAGAACUUCCUGGACUCGAAAUCCUAUAAUUGUCCUCCUGUCAAGGCCUUCUGUCGCGAGGUUUUAGCUGGUCUUAUAUUGGAGUCUACCGUUGUUGCUUGUUCGAAACCCGAAUGGAUUAAUGGGUGGAUAGUCUAUCUUCUGGAAGACGGUGAACCCGAGAUCAUGAAUGUGAUCGACGCUGGCGUAGAAGACAUGACCAACGCCGCAUCCACCCUUCAAAAUCCCUCCUCUGCUAAAAGCCACACCAGACGUGUCAGUAAAGCCGAGGAGGCUAUGGAGGAAGCCAUGAGAGAAGCUCAAAGGAUGAACGAAAUGAUUGCAGAGGACGAAGCCAGACGGAAGAAACCGCUGCCAACCAUUGAAGCUGAGGACACAAGCUCGGUCGCAACAACCGAUGUUGGUUUGGCUACACCCACCUCCUCGGACAGUGAUCGAAACCGACGCGAAGAUCAACCGAUGGACUCUUCGAUGCUCUUUGAUAUAGAUGGAAAUGUCGUAUCUUCGCCGCAUCCCAGUCCAAGUACAGAACAUCCACCAUUUACCAGCUUUGAUCAAUUGCCAGACGUGCUUCCACCGCCACCUCAGCCUAUCUCAAAUGCUCCGGCUCCAACAGAAGUCAUGGUGGCGAUCCCGCUGACCCUCCACAAUGCCUCCAUUACUAUCAUGGAUUUAUCUGAUCUCAGUCCCAAGACUGUCUUCAAGCAACGACCCAACAGCGAGUAUCUCCUCCAAAUCGAACCUGCUUCCCAGCGAUUCCCUGGAUGGAUGGUAACGCGCAAAUACUCUGACUUCGAGCCUUUAUUUGAGACUCUCAGGAAAAUCGCUCCAAUCACUGGACAACACGAGUUUUCUCACCAGUACCCUAACCUCCCUUCCUGGAGAGGUCAGACCAGUGAGAGCCUCAUUCAGAGUUUGGAAGCUUUCCUUCGGUUCGCUCUCAAGUUCGAGCCACUUGCAGAGACGGGUGUCAUGAAGACAUUCCUGGAUAAGGAGACUGGCCUGCAAAAGGCCCCUGCUCAGAGUAAGAACGUACUAGUCCAGGGUGGAGCCGCAUUGGAAAAUGUGGGAAAGAACUUCAUCAAUGUUCUUGGUCAAGGAGGAAAGAAUAUUGCGGGUGGUGGUAAGGCUGUUCUUGGUGGCGUCCAAGGUGUCUUUGGUGCCGUUGCAACUGGAGUCCAGGGCAAUCAGAAGAAAAGCUCUAGACCAUCACAGCAACUUUCCAGAACGGACACCUCCAAUAGCCAGAACUUCAGGUAUAGUUCCGAUGUCGCAAGGCAAAGCACAGAUAGUGUUGAUGCCAGACCACCACUACCUGGCCGGCCAGGCGCCAUUACAUCAGCCCCGAGCGCCCGCUCACGGUCAUCCUCCAUCAUGCUGGAUUCUGCUCGGCAGUCGCAAGAAAUCCUAUCUAUCCCUCCGCCACCGAGCGAAAUCUCCGAUGAUUACCAACCCGUGCCACGUGCGAUUCCCGAAAUUCCUCCUCAAACACCGCCACGACCACGACAGGCCACCAUCACUGCCACCCCUGCAACUCCAGCCAUACCGAAGAAGCCAGAACUACCCAGCACGCCUGUUCCCAGUAAUCUCAACAGAUCCCCUACCAAAAGAAACCCCAGAAAGGACGUUCCAAUCUCGGAAGAAGAAACACGCGCCUCCAUCGAACUAAUCUUCGCAAUACUCACCGAACUCUACUCCCUUGCCGGCGCCUGGACGAUCCGCCUCUCGCUGCUCACCGCCGCAAAAACAUUCCUGCUGCGCCCGAACAACCCACAACUCGAGUCGAUCCGCAUUCUCCUGCAAGAAAGCGUCGUCGAAGCCAAUUUUUCCGACAAAGGCCUCGCCGCACACUUGACCAAGCUGCGCGAGAACUCGCUGCCCACAGAGGAAGAACUAGCUAAGUGGCCAAAGGAGCCGAGCGCCGAGGAGAAGGAGAAGUUGCGCGUUAGAGCAAGGAAAUUGCUUGUUGAGCGUGGUAUGCCCCAGGCGUUGACGAGCGUCAUGGGCGCAGCGGCUAGUGGUGAGGCGUUAGGACGGGUCUUCGACUGUCUGCAGGUCGAGCAUGUUGCCCGUGGCCUUAUUUUUGCGCUGUUGUUGCAGGCGAUCAGGGCAGCGACGCAGUGA